AUGGCCUCUGAAGAAGCGGCUUGGGAUGGAGGGGGAUUUGCGGCGACUGACGACGCCGCGGCUCAGCGCGCCGACGAGCAAGCCGACGAGUUUGCGCAAGACAUCGGCGUGGCUGGUGCAGCGCAAGACGAGAAUGACGCAGACGACGGGGCAGACUAUGACCCUGAAUCCGUCUCUUUCGAUGCAACCCCUCAAAUCCCCGACAAAAGCGCCUCGGCCACCACAUCGCAGCGGCCGCCCACGGCCAAGCCCAAAAUGUCGGGCGGCUUCCUAGUCGAGGUUUCGGACGACGAGGACGACGUUGACAACCAAGACCCACCAGAAGGAGCACUGCAGACGCAAGGCCAGGCUGCCCCUGUCGGCAACGGCGUUUCCCCUGCGCCCCCUGUCGACGCCCCCUCCAGCACGCCCCAAGUUGUUACCCUCGAUCCUGUGGCGCUCCUCGAGGCGCGCAUCAAGGAGGAUCCGCGCGGAGAUAUGGAUGCAUGGCUGAACCUCGUGGCCGACCACAAACGCCGGGGCAGGCUCGAUGACCUGCGAAAGGUGUACAAUCGGUUUGCCGAGGUGUUUCCGCAAGCGGCCGAUAUUUGGAUAGAGUGGAUCGAGAUGGAGCUUGGUAUUGACAAUUUCGUCGAGGCUGAGCGGCUGUUUGGGCGGAGCCUCAUGUCCGUCCUCAACGUAAAGCUCUGGACCGUCUAUCUCAACUACAUCCGGCGACGCAAUGACCUCACCAACGACGCAACGGGCCAGGCCAGGCGGACCGUAGCCCAGUCGUACGACUUUGUCAUUGACAACGUCGGCGUCGACCGAGACUCUGGCAACAUCUGGCAGGACUACAUUAACUUUGUCAAGAGUGGUCCCGGCCAGGUUGGCGGCACGGGCUGGCAGGACCAGCAAAAGAUGGAUCAGCUUCGAAAGGCGUACCAGCGCGCCAUUGCCGUUCCCAUGCUGAGUGUCAAUAACAUGUGGAAGGAGUAUGACCAGUUUGAAAUGGCCCUCAACAAGGUGACGGGGCGCAAGUUCAUCCAAGAAAGGUCUCCCGGAUACAUGUCGGCAAAGAGCGCCAACAUUGCUCUCGACAACAUGAUGCGACACUUGAAGCGCAAUAACCUGCCUCGACUGCCUCCGGCACCUGGAUUUGACGGCGACGAGGAGUUCAGGCAUCAGGUGGAGCUGUGGAAGAAGUGGAUUGCCUGGGAGAAGGACGACCCACUGGUUCUCAAGGACGACGAGCCACAGGUGUACAAGCAGAGAGUCCUGUACUGCUACAAGCAGGCCCUGAUGGCUUUGCGAUUCUGGCCCGAGAUCUGGGUCGAUGCGGCUGCCUGGUGCCUGGAGAACGAAGGCAUCGCGGCAAACCCGGAAAGCGUUUUGCUUGCCUUUAAGCACGCGGACCACAUUGAGGCACACUACCCAGAGAAGGAGGGAGACAGGUCAGAGUACGCCAAGGCCGUUCGGCAACCGUACGAUGCCGUCCUUGAGACGCUAUACAAGAUGGGCGACAAGGUCAAGGAACGAGAGAAGCUCGAGGAAUCGAUUGAGCCGGUCGACGAAGACGAGGACGAGGACGACGAAGACAAGAAGCCCAAGAAGUCGCCCAUGGAAGAGCGAGUCACAGCGAUCCAGAACGCCUACGCCGCCGAGUCGCAGCUUCUGUCACGCACAAUCUCCUUUGUCUGGGUCGCCUUGGCCCGCGCGAUGCGGCGCAUCCAAGGCAAGGGAAACCAGACCGAAGGCGGUCUGCGCAAGGUGUUUACGGAUGCUCGGCAGAAGGGACGCCUCACGAGCGACGUGUACGUUGCCGUAGCCAUGCUGGAGUCGGUGGUGUACAAGGAUCCUGUCGGGUCCAAGAUCUUUGAGCGUGGCGCGCGGUUGUUCCCCAACGACGAGAACUUUAUGAUAGAGUACAUCAAGUUCUUGCAUUCCAAGGACGACACGACGAAUGCCCGCGUGGUCUUCGAGACUUGCGCCAACCGCCUCGUCUCGAAACCCGAGACGCUGCACAAGGCCAAGGCCCUCUACGCUUACUUUCACAAGUACGAGUCGCAAUACGGCGAACUGUCUCAAAUCUCCAAGCUCGAGGACCGAAUGAGGGAACUUUUCCCCUAUGACCCCAAGCUGAGCUACUUCACGGCGCGCUACUCGUCCGACAGAUUCGAUCCUGUUGCCGCGCCCAUCAUCAUCUCCAAGACUGUGCAGAUGCGGCCGAAGCAAAUCAUCCCGACCAUCGAGCAGCCCGUGUCGGCGAGAAAUAGCAUUCCGCCGCCGCGUCAAGAGCAGAGCCCCCGGCCGCAAUUCGCCCGUGCCACAGCCUCGCCGAAGCGUCCCUUUGGCGUCGACGACGAGGAGCUCAACCCUCCCAAGAGGCUCGCUAGAGGCGCGUCGCCUCUGAAGGGUGCUGCGGGACGCCGUCUCGACCAGCAGCGCCGUAACCAGUCGUCGGCUCUUCACCGCGACAUUACUUUUCUCCUCGGCAUCCUCCCGCGGGCUCCCAGCUACGACGCACAAAGGCUCAACCCAACAGCCAUGGUUUCCCUUCUCCGUGACACACCCCUCCCAGACUACAGCACCUGGCGGGCCAAAACAGGCGGGCAAUAUCGGGCCCCGGCGCCUACCCACGGGCGGCAGACGUCUGGAGACUACGGCGGCAGGCCAAUCAGCCCGUAUGGCCGACUGGCUGCGUCGUCGGGAGGCUAUCGCGGCUCGCCUCUGAGGCCGGAGAGCGGAGGGAUAUAUGCAGCAAACCCGUAUGCGCCUCCCGAGGCCGGUGCGGUGCCUCCUGUCUGGCCCCCGCUUGCAGGAGGACAUGGCGCGCCUUCGCUUGGUCCGCCAGGGCAGUAUGGCGGCUAUCGAUAUCAAUGA